AUGCAACGCACUUUCUCCGCCGCUUGCGCGACUGUAACCAUGGCUGCAUUUGCCUUCACCACCGUCAACGCACACGGGUACGUUUCCAGUCCACGUGCCACCUUUUAUAAAAACAAUAUUGGAAGUGACUACGUCACGCGCAUUACAGCCGACGUCAAUAGCGCCUUCCGGGGUCUCAAGUGGGAUGGUAGUCCACUUGAAAACACCGCCACCUUCACGUCGGCAUUUCCUAAUACGGGCUAUAAAUCACUACGAGACAUGAUCGACCAGCAAGCCCCAACCUGUGGCAACUCUCGCACGGACACUCCACCAGUUGAUGUAUCCGGCCUUACUGUCAUGAAGUGGCAAAACGACCAGGCGCAUACGGGGUUUAUCGACUCACACCAUGGCCUGUGUGAAGCCUGGAUUGAUGACAUUAUGGUCGACCACCAGGAUGAUUGUGUCGCGACCUAUGGCUCCGGAUACCCAGCCAAUGUGAAGGUUGACUUCUCCAAGUGCUCAGGUGAAUGCAUCUUGCGAUUCUACUGGCUGGCGCUUCACGAGAUCAAGUGGCAGGUCUACAAGCAAGCAGCUACGGACAUCACAACCGCGCGCUCCGCACAACUGAAGAUGCUCAGACGCAUCUGGCCGAUCGUGUCAACGUCACUCGCGUUAAAAAUGAGUUUGCCUGAGCGAUUGAGAUUGUAA